GGUAUAUAAGGGAGUUGGUUUAGCAUGUUUUAUUCACUCUACAACUCUGGAAACUCAUUGCUCGACAAAGAAUUUUGGCUUCAAGAUUGUCAACUGAUCUACCCAGUCAAGAUGAAGAGUCUUGUAGUUUCGCUGUUGUUUCUGAGCUGUGCGCUCGUCGUCUUCGCCAGUGACUCGAACGAUGAAGAAGCAUCCAAAAUACUUAUCCCUCGGCCUCCUCCGCCUCCAAAGCCAUCACCUAACAUCUAUCUCCCAGGGAUCGUCAUCAGUUCCAAUUCAUCCCCCUUGGGUGUACGAUACUGUUACUGCUUUGCCUUCAAGUGUCACG